AUGAAAAACCAAACCGGACGGCCCAGUGUCCAGACAACAUUAACAGCAACUAUAUCCACUGUCCAGAAAACAUUAUAUGCAAUCAAGCGAACAGUCCAGACAGCAUUAUCUACUACAAGGUCCAGUUCCCAGACAACUUCAUUCACAAGUCUUAAUGUCCAUACAAAACCCACCACCAAAUCAAGUCUCCAGACAACAUCAUCCACUACCAAAUCAAGUCUCCAGACAACAUCACCCACUACCAAAUCGAGACUCCAGACAACAUCACCCACUACCAAAUCCAGACUCCAGACAACAUCACCCACUACCAAAUCCAGUCUCCAGUCAACAUCACCCACUACCAAAUCCAGACUCCAGACAACAUCACCCACUACCAAAUCCAGACUACAGACAACAUCACCAACUACCAAAUCCAGACUCCAGACAACAUCACCCACUACCAAACCAAGUCUCCAGACAACAUCACCCACUACCAAAUCAAGUUUCCAGACAACAUCACCCACUACCAAAUCCAGACUCCAGAAAACAUUGCCCACUACCGAAUCCAGUCUCCAGACAACAUCAACCACUACCAAAUCUAGUCGCCAGACAAAACCAACCACUAUCAAAUCAAAUCUGCAGACAACAUCACCCACUACCAAAUCCAGACUCCAGACAACAUUGCUCACUACCAAAUCCAAACUCCAGACAACAUCUUCCACUACCAAAUCCAAACUCCAGACAACAUCACCCACUACCAAACCAAGUCUCCACACAACAUCACCCACUACCAAAUCAAGUCUCCAGACAACAUCACCCACUACCAAAUCCAGACUCCAGACAACAUUGCUCACUACCAAAUCCAAACUCCAGACAACAUCUUCCACUACCAAAUCCAAACUCCAGACAACAUCACCUACUACCAAACCAAGUCUCCACACAACAUCACCCACUACCAAAUCAAGUCUCCAGACAACAUCACCCACUACCAAAUCGAGACUCCAGACAACAUCACCCACUACCAAAUCCAGACUCCAGACAUCAUCACCCACUACCAAAUCCAGUCUCCAGUCAACAUUGCCCACUACCAUAUCCAGACUCCAGACAACAUCACCCACUACCAAAUCCAGACUCCAGACAACAUCAUCCACUACCAAAUCUAGUCUCCAGACAACAUCACCCACUACCAAAUCCAGACUCCAGAAAACAUUGCCCACUACCGAAUCCAGUCUCCAGACAACAUCAACCACUACCAAAUCUAGUCGCCAGACAAAAGAAACCACUACCAAAUCAAAUCUGCAGACAACAACACCCACUAGCAAAUCCAGACUCCAGACAACAUUGCUCACUACCAAAUCCAGACUCCAGACAACAUCACCCACUACCAAACCAAGUCUCCAGACAACAUCACCCACUACCAAAUCAAGUCUCCACACAACAUCACCCACUACCAAAUCUAGAGUCCAGACAACAUCACCCACUACCAAAUCCAGACUCCAGAAAACAUUGCCCACUACGGAAUCCAGUCUCCAGAAAACAAUUGCCACUACCAAAUCCAGUCUCCAGACAACAUCCAGUACCAAAUCCAGACUCCAGAAAACAUUGCCCACUACCGAAUCCAGUCUCCAGACAACAUCAACCACUACCAAAUCUAGUCGCCAGACAAAACCAACCACUAUCAAAUCAAAUCUGCAGACAACAUCACCCACUACCAAAUCCAGACUCCAGACAACAUUGCUCACUACCAAAUCCAAACUCCAGACAACAUCUUCCACUACCAAAUCCAAACUCCAGACAACAUCACCCACUACCAAAUCAAGUCUCCAGACAACAUCACCCACUACCAAAUCCAGACUCCAGAAAACAUUGCCCACUACCGAAUCCAGUUUCCAAAAAACGUUUGCCACUACCAAAUCCAGUCUCCAGACAACAUCCACUACCAAAUCCAGUCUCCAGACAACACUACCCACUGCAAGAGCCGGCGUCCAGACUGCUACACCCCAAAAAGCCAAGGAACUAACUACAUCCAAUAGACGAGCCACAUGUGUAAAAUUGGAGAGUAUCUACAUCAGCGAAAGAUGUUAUUGGAUAGUUGAUGGUAAACAUGAUUUCAAAGAAUCCCACAGACUAUGCCAGGUAGACGGCGGGAUAUUAGCAGAGGUUCCUGAUGACAGUGUACAGGAAGCCGUGAACAAGUGA